AUGCACCAGCAGACAGCUUCUGCAAGAAGGUUCGCAACUGGACAUUACAUGCUUCGGGUGCGAGCUGUGGUGAUGACCCGAGACGACUCGAGCGGAGGAUGGGUGCCCAUGGGCGGGGGCGGCCUGAGCCACGUCAUGAUCGGCAAGGUCCGGCGCCCAGAGGAGGGCGGGCGGCGGCGCCAAUACCUGAUCUGCGGGGAGCGCCUGCGCGACCAGACCACCAUCCUGGAGUGCGUGCUGAAGAAGGACCUCGUCUACAACAAGGUGAACCCCAUCUUCCACCACUGGAAAGUCGGCGACAGCAAGUUCGGCCUGACCUUCCAGAGCCCCGCCGAUGCCGCAGCCUUCGAGCGGAGCGUGCAGGCCGCCCUGGAGGAGCUCGCCGAAGGUUCUCUCUCCUCCUCCUCCUCCUCCUCCUCGUCUCAGGAUGACGCCGACGGGACGGACGACGCAGGGUUGAUGCACACGGACAGCGAAUCCUCCUCGAACAGCCGGAAGGAAAUGCUCCCCAAACACAUCACCAUUGUGACUAGCGAGUCCUCCUCCAGCUGCUACAUCCGCUCGCCCGCCUCCGAGGAGUUUGCCUUCAGCACGGCCCAGGGGUCGACGCCAACCAGCCAGGGAGGGCAGGUGCAGACCCAGCCCCUGCAGCACGUGACCCUGCACGACGAGGAGGAGCUGGAGAGCAUCAACCCGUGCAAGGACCUGUGGGUGAGCAAGGGAUAUGAGGACUACAGGCGGGCGGCGGUGCAGAAGCGGGAAGCCGACCCCGACAAGGUCGGCAUGUGCGUGCACUUCGAGAAGGGCAGCAAGGAGCGCCGCUUCCCGGCAGCGGGGGGAGGCGGCGGAGGCGUCGAGGGCCGCCUCAGAGACCCCAAGGGUUCCCCGUCCUGCCGGAUCCACGCCGCCCCUUCGCCCCCCAAGCAGAAGCACGCCAAGGAGCCGGGGGCCAGCGGCGGGGCGGGCUCGGAGGAAGACGCCGUGCCCUCCCGCUGCGUCUAUUGCCGGGACGUCUUUAACCACGAGGAGAACGGGCGGGGCCAGUGCCAGGACGCGCCGGACCCCAUCGGGCGCUGCGUCUACCAGCUCACCUGCAUGUGGUGUGCCGAGAGCAUGCUCUACCACUGCAUGUCGGACUCGGAGGGCGAGUACUCGGACCCUUGCUCCUGCGACCUGGGACACCCGCACUUCUGCGUCCGCUGGAUGGCGCUGGUGGCUCUCUCCCUCGUCGUGCCUUGCAUGUGCUGCUACCUGCCGCUCCGCGCCUGCCACUGGUGCGGGGAGCACUGCGGCUGCUGUGGUGGGAAACACAAGGCCGUGCGGUGA